AUGAAGAUUAGCUUUUACGUGCCUUUUGUAGCGUUUGCUACUCUGGGUGGUGCUGAACACCCUCCUUUCAAGUUUCCUCACUUGCGACAGCGGCAGUACUCUGCUCCGCCGUACUCGCCCGUCUAUCCCAGUGCAAGCAGCAGUGACACGCCGUCCAGCAUUCCCAGUACAUCCCUGACCUCGCUGUCCUCGGGCGUCUCGCACACGACUGGGAUUCCGGCUACGGAAACAUCCUCAGUGCCCUCCAACUCGACAGCUCCAGGCCCAUCUACAAUCCUCAUCACGAGCUACAUCGUCGUCACAUCCGUCAUCCCACCUACAUCUGGAACGGAAUCCACAUCCACAGAUGCCACAGCAAGCAGCUGGGGCAGCAAUACCUCCCCUUCCAUCUCCAUCCCCCUGUCUACUGGCCCCGUCUCCUCCGGCACAGGCUACUACAGCUCGCAGCCUCCCUACCCCUCCUAUGAUACCUCUGCGCCCUACGCCAAAAGCACCAGCAGCACACCGUCUACAUGGGGGACCGGCACGGCCCCGACAUCUCCGCCCGCUACCGCCACCACUGUUACCCCUCCGUACCCUUCAAACGGUACUGCAACAGACACCAAUACAGGACCUGUUGCUACGUCUAGCGGGGGCACAAACACAACGACUACCUCGUCCGCUCACUACAUGCCCCCUGGUAACGUGACGAGUAGCACGCCGUCGGUCGUGACUGAUAGCUUUUUCCCUUCGUCCAGCAUAGAUGUCUCAACUGUGACGUGGGUUACGUAUACGUCUGAGGAGUCGUCGAGUGUGACUAUCACGGAGACGGAGACGGGGACGCCGACGCCGACGACAGCAACAACGGAGUAUCCGGGUGUGUCAAGUGGUACGGUGUCAAGCAGUGUGGACAUUGACCAUGUCGUUUUCGUCUUCUUCGUCUUCUUCGCCGUCGGCUUCAGCUUCAGCUUCAAGCUCGUCUUCAAGCUCGGAGGAGAUACCGUCAACUACCAGCAGCAGCACAGAAUCCCCCUCUUCAUCCACGGCUUCCGAAACCCCCGCUCCAUCAUCCUAUCCCGUUUCCUCCACACUCUCAUCCACAAGUACAGAUGCGACGGCAUCAUCCUGGCCCGUCGACUCUUCCUCUUCCUCUGA